AAGGUCUGGCGACAUCCAGCCCCAAGAGGAGCCAGCCGCUCGCCCGUCUGUUCGCAGGCUUGCUGUCCUCCUGCCCCUGCAUCGCCCUUACAUCGCCCGGCAUCGCCCUGCGAUCGUCUGCCUGCCAUGUCGAUUGCCCGGCUCUGCGUCGGCAACAGAGCCCUCGGGCUCCACCGUCUCGGCCCAAGCCCACCCCAAGGUGCUCUGGCCCUGCACUUUCUGUCCAUCCCCGCAGGACGGGCAGGUUGCAUCGCCAGACCCAGCAGCAUCGGCAUCUUCGCCAACGCAACUCCCCGCCGAUCCACUUCAUCAGCGUCUUCGCCCGAUCCACAGUCCCCGCCGCCGUCGCCCCCAGAGCCCAACUCGGAGUACAUCCUCAAUGUCGGCGACGCCAUUCGGAUCCUGCGAGACACCCUGCCCAGGUUUUUCGCCCACGGUCUGCAGCAUCCCGAGCUCUACGCUAGCAAUGUGGCAUUCUCGGAGCCAUACCACACCCGCAUCAAGAUCAAGGGCAAAGGAAACUACAUGGUGCUGGCGCAGAUCGUCCGCUACAUGGCCAUCUGUCUCUUCGACUCGCCCCGGUUCGAUAUCCACCGCAUCCAGCAAAUCCGCGAGAGCGACCUGGUCGACAGCCUCUCGCCGACGUUGGCAGGCCGGGACAGCUCCGAAGCCCCGGACCAGGCCGAUCCUGGCCAGUUGGGCGAGCCCGAUUCGAUGCUGGUGCGCAUCCGAUGGGUCUUUGAGGGCAUCCCCCGGCAUCUCCUCUGGCUCAGUGCCUUUGACUACGUCAACACCCCGCGGACGGUCUACGAAGGCGUCUUCGUGUAUGGCUUUGACCGAGAGGGCCGGAUUGUGCUGCACCAGCUGCAAGGCAUCCAUCCUGUGCCUCCGUUUAUAUCGGCCUACCGCUGGUUCAGUCUGCGGACCAGGUCCUCUCUUGUUACGCCGGAUCUCAACGCCUUUGUCGACAUCAAAUCCAAGACAGCGCCCUGUCCGCUCCCGGUCCGCAAGAGUACUCCCGACGACAGGAGCCCCAAGAAUCCCACGAGCUGAAUGCGGGUUGAGCCAAGCAAGGCAUCCCGGGUGCGGCUGCAAUUCAAUCAUCGGAGCUCCUGCAUGUUUCUGUUCUUCUUCUUCAUCCCCACCACCAUCGGCGCCGUACCAACGUCUUCACCGCCAGUGCCUGAUCUCGGCCUAAUACAUCAUUGGUGCGAUUGA